AUGGUGGCAAUGGUGAAGUUUGGGAAAUCAUCUGCUAAUGGCUCAGAUCAGACAAAGGAUCAGGAUCUGCUGUCUCAUCUAUUGAGAAACCUGGCCAGUCUUUCAGGUACAGUUAAUGAAAGAAAUGCCCUACCGCCAGAAUCUCAAGAUUUGAGAAAUGUUGGGACAUCUCUUGAAAAUUCAGAAAAGGACCACCUUUUGCCUAUCAGACAAUGUGCCACUGUACCUGCAUCUGAAAUGACACCAAAGAGAAAAUUAACUGCUGGUGACACUCAUGUUGGGAUUCUACAUAAUACGUCUGAUUCUACAAAUGACAGAAUUUCGCCCAGAACAAAUGCCUUGGAGAAUACGAUGGAGAGGAAUAGAUUGAAUACCAUUGAUUUGAAUAAUGUAUAUGACGAUUCUCAGGACUGCACGGGCAACCUGGAGAGGUUUGAUGCCCCUGCAAAUCUAGGGAAUGGGUCUGUUGGUUGUCCUUUAUGGAUGCACCAAGACUCUCACAAGUCAACCCCACCUCAGACAAGUGGGAAUUCAGGUUCCACAUCUUCACAGUCACUGUCUAGUUCCAGUGGAGAGGCUCAGAGUCGCACAGAUCGAAUUGUUUUUAAACUCUUCGGAAAAGAUCCUAAUGAUUUACCUCUUGUUCUGAGAAAACAGAUCCUUGACUGGUUAUCCCACAGUCCCACAGAAAUUGAAGGCUACAUCAAGCCUGGUUGUAUCAUAUUAACAAUAUAUCUCCAAAUGGGAAAACCCACAUGGGAGGAGCUCUGCUGUGAUCUGAGCUCCAGUUUAAGGAGGCUUCUUGAUGGAUCCAGUGAUCCUUUUUGGAGAACGGGAUGGAUUUAUACUAGAGUGCGGCAUCGUGUAGCAUUUGUAUAUAAUGGUCAGGUUGUUCUAGACACACCCUUGCCGCAUAAAAGUCAUAAAAAUUGCAGGAUCUCAAGCAUCAAACCAAUUGCAGUUUCCGUCUCCGAGAGAGUUCAAUUUUUAGUCAAAGGCUUUAACCUUUCUCGGUCCACCACAAGGUUACUUUGCGCACUGGAAGGGAAGUAUUUAGUCCAGGGAAGUUGUUGUGACAUGAUGGAGGGAGCUGAUUUAUUCCUCGAGAAUCGUGAAGUCCAGUCCUUAAGCUUCCCUUGCUCGAUACCAAAUGUCAGUGGGAGAGGAUUUAUUGAGGUGGAAGACCAUGGUCUCAGCAGCAGCUUCUUUCCAUUUAUAGUUGCAGAGCAGGAUGUUUGUUCUGAAAUUUGUACACUGGAGAGUGUCGUGGAGGUUGCAGGAACUGCUGAUAAUAUACUCGGAGAAACUGAAAAAAUAGAAGCCAGGAAUCAAGCUUUGGACUUUAUACAUGAAAUGGGUUGGCUUCUUCAUAGGAAUUACUUGAAAUUCAGACUGGAUGGUAUGGAUCCCAACUUGGAUCUAUUCCCUUUCAAGCGGUUCAGGUGGCUCAUGGAGUUCUCCAUUGACCAUGACUGGCAUGCUGUAGUAGAGAAACUUCUAGGCAUUCUGUUCAAUGGUUCUGUAGAUGCAGGGGAGCACCCUUCUGUUGAACAUGCAUUGCUGGAGAUUGGCCUCCUCCACAAAGCUGUGCUGAGAAACUGCCGGCCUAUGGUAGAAUUCCUCUUGAGAUACUACCCAUACAGAGUUUUGGAGAAAUCUGGAUCUGAACAGAAGCAACAUUUUGAUGGGGGCUGUAACUUAUUUAGACCUGAUGCGAUUGGCCCUAGGGGCUUGACUCCUCUUCACAUAGCUGCUAGUCGAGAUGGCUCCGAGAAUGUAUUGGAUGCAUUAACUGAUGAUCCUGGAUCGGUGGGAAUCAAAGCAUGGAGGAGUGCUCGUGACAGUACUGGAUUGACACCCAAUGAUUAUGCGUGCCUACGAGGCCGCUACCUGUACAUUCAUAUGAUCCAAAAGAAAAUCAACGAGAAAUCAGGAAGUGGGCAUGUAAUGCUUGACAUCCCUGGUGCCCUUUUAGGCUGCAACAUGAAGCAGAAACUGGCAGAUGGGCAUAAAUCAGGGAAAGUUGCUAGUUUUGAAACAGAGAAGGCUGUAAUGAUAGCAAACAAGAAACGAUGCAAGCUAUGCGAACAAAAGUUGGCUUAUGGAAGUGGCAGAACAUCACUGGCAAUCUACAGGCCAGCAAUGGUUUCGAUUGUUGCAAUUGCUGCCGUCUGUGUAUGUGUGGCUCUGCUCUUCAAAAGUUCACCUGAGGUUCAUUGUGUGUUCCAGCCCUUCAGGUGGGAGCUUCUAAAGUAUGGAUCAAGGUAA